CUAUUUUAAAUGCGACACGGAUAGGGACGAUAUUUUAACUGCUUAUCUUAUACAAACAUACGGGUGGGUUUUCCAAAAUAUACGUAAGAUAUAUUUUUAACUCAGUCAUAAAAGGAAAAACAAUAAAAAUGGAGGUAUUGAGCUGGACCGUGAUUUAUUCCUUAAUUACACUUAUAUUUGCUGAUGUUAGUGUUGGAGAUAUCAGUUUGAAGUCCGACGUGAACCUUGUGCUUAAAGUAAAAAAUCAUCGAGAUAAUAACGACUUGUUUAGCCAUUUAUUUUCAUUGAACGUGACGCAGCACAAUCAGCUUACACCUUCAACGUACAUACUGAGAUACACCGGCUCUAGACGAAACGCCGCUUUACGACAGACACUUUCAAAAAUUAAAAGGCGUUUUGAUAAGAAGAUAUUGAAGUUAAUGCCUGUCAGAGUGUAUGCUGAUACUUUAAAACCCGUAGCUACAAACGCAGGAUUUCUGACAAGCGAGAGGCAGUCCGAGAUCAAAACUAAUCUUGUUUGUGAACAUUACUAUGGAAUGGGAGUGGAGAAGGUGUGGUCACGUGGAUAUAACGGAAAUGGGAUCACAAUUGCCAUAACAGACGUCGGAAUAAACACUCAUAUUUCUGAUUUGAAGGACAAUUUGAACGAAACGCUUAGUUUCAAUUUUGUGGACAACAACGAUAAUGUUACACCUGAAUUUUUUUACAACAUUCCUGAAAAGGCAGCUUUUUUUACAGAUCACGGUAACAAGAUGGCAAGUAUUAUAGGUGCUAUUAAAGGUAAUAACAGAUGCAGCGCAGGAAUAGCACACAACGCUACCAUUAUAGCGCUAAAGAUCUUCAAGGUGAUCCUGAUCGGGUCUUCUUUACUGGAACUAGAACCGAAACACUGGUCGGAUUCUGACGUUAUUUCAAGGGCACUUAACUACAAACCUAACACUAUUGACAUAUUUGCAAAUGCAUGGGCACCUGAUUCACCAUUUGACAAACUAGAUGUAGCAACAAAAGAUGUGAUAAGUCAUGGGGCCAUCCACGGUCGGCAUGGUCUUGGUACUAUUUAUGUUGUACCGUCUGGUCCUACAGGAAGCGAACUUUCUAACAAUAUUCACACAGUCACAGUAUCCAGUGUCGGUAGAAAUGGAAUAAUUGCGGAUUAUGUUUAUACAGACGCAAGUGUAUUGACGUCUGGACUUGGUGAAGGAAACAACCUCACAUCUUCCUCAAUGGUCACGACGACUUUGGAAGACAGAUGUGUAACUGGAUUUAACGGCAUCUCUGCUGCCACAGCCCAAAUAGCGGCGAUUAUAGGAUUGGGCCUACAAGCUAAUAAAGAACUGUCAUUAAGGGAUAUCCAACAUCUUCUUGUUCAGUCUUCUGAACACAGACAGCUACGAGAGAGGAUCGCAUUUACAAAGAAUGCAGCUGGAAGAUACUUUCAUGGUGUGUUUGGUUUUGGUCUUAUAAAUGCCGACAAAUUUGUUAAAAAUGCACAAAAACACCGUCAAAUACCUGAAUUGCUCAUGAAGAAGCUCCUGUCGCACAUAGCCAGAACACCCAAAGCUCACACACAGACGUUCGAGUUUUGUUAUGAAUGCCAAGGGUUAGAAUGUCCAACUAUUUUAGAGUAUGUCGAAGUUCAAAUGGAUCUUGAAGCAAUAUCAACUGAAAUAAAAGUAGCAAUAACAUCUCCUGGAGGAACGACAUCAGUUUUAAUGGAUUUUAAACCUAAAAGAGGCAAGUCAGUGAAUGUAAAGAAACUUCGACUAUUAUCCUGUCAUUUCUGGGACGAGGAACCAUUUGGUACUUGGCUAUUACAUGUCCAGGAUAAACACUCAGCAAGUAACAUUCAAGUAAAGCAUUUAUCGCUUACAUUUUACGGGACUAAGUUAAAGAACCUUCAGUAUAAUGGAAAUAAUUGCAGCACAAACAACAGCAAGAAAAGGGAAAAUGAUACAACUCUCUCAACAAAAGUCUCGACAACAGAAUCGACGGAGCAUGUAAAAGAAAAAACAUACACGAAUUUUUAUUUUGAUUGGAAUAUAACUCCAAUGAUAAUUUUUGCAAUCAUAGCUAUUUCGGUUUAUUUGCUUCUUAACUAUAACUUUUAUCGUUUAGUUUAUCCUACAAGACAAAAAAAUGAGUUUGUAGAAAUUGCAAAAUGACUAUAGCAGUUGUGGAUGUGUAUUCAAUGGCAAAUAUUUUUAACGUUAGAAUACCUAAAUACUCUGGAAAGGAAGAUUUAGCAUUUUGUAACAGUGCAUUUGGUGUCUGAAAUACAUAACCCUACGAAAUUAAGGAAAUUGAUUAAAUCGAACGUUAUAAGCAAGCAGUGUAG